ACAAAAAAAAGUGUCCAAUUGCAGCCUUUGUAUUUGGGAUUCCCGGAAGAAAAUCACGGCCAUUGUAAUAAAUGAUUCAACAGUCGACAGCAAGUUUCAACAAGUUUUAUUUUUACCGGUGAAUAACGUUAUUUUUUUCAUAAAUAAAAUUUGAUAUUUAUUAUUAUUUGUCAAUUGACAGUUGACAUCAAUAACAACCAGAAUGGAUUGGGAGAAUCAGUCAAAUGAUGGGAAUGACAAUAGUGGUCGUGGUCAAUCAAAAAAUUCACGUGGUCAUGAUCGUCGUGAAUACAACAAUGACAGAAAUUCAUAUCCACAAAAACGUGAAUGGAAAAAUACUAAUAGAAAUUAUGGAGACGAUGAGGAUGUCAUGUUAUUUCCUUUGCCAGAAGGUACAAUUGGUAGAGUUAUUGGACGUGGUGGUUCUAUGAUUAGAGAACUACAAACUGAAUCUGGUGCUAAAAUUGAAAUUGAUAAAACAAAUGGUUAUAAUGCUGCAUCAACUGCUCGUAUAUCAGGAUCAAAAGAAUCACAAAAUAAAGCUAAAGAAUUGAUUCAAAAAUUAAUAGAUUCACCACCAUCUCGCAAUUAUGAUCCACAAUCAUCUCGUAAUAAUGAUCAACAAUCAUCUCGUAAUAAUGAUCGACCAUCAUCCCGUAAUAAUGAUCAACAAUCAUCUCGUAAUAAUGAUCGACCAUCAUCUCGUAAUAAUGAUCAACAAUCAUCUCGCAAUAAUUAUCAGCAAUCAUCUCGCAAUAAUUAUCAACAAUCAUCUCGUAAUAAUUAUAAUGAUGGUCAACAAAAUAAUGAUUCAUGGGAAGACCAAUCAAUGAGUAAUAAUAAACAAGUAUCUCAAUCAUCAAAUGACAAUAAAAAUGAAUCUGCAUGGGGUGGACAAUCAAGAGAUAAUAAAUAUAAAUCAGAACAACAUCAAAAAACACAAUCAUCAUAUGAAAAUAAAAAUGAAUCUAUGUGGAAUCAAACACCAGAUGAAAAAAAAUGUGAAACUACAAAACAAGAUGUAGAAGAAGAUCCUCUUGAUUUUAGUAAUUUUGAUUGGACAUCAGCAAAUAAAGAACAUGAAGAAUUUCAAAAACAAAGAUGGGCAAAUUUAAAGCCACUUAUUAAAGUUUUUUAUCAAGAAUUACCAGAAGUUGCUAAUUUAACAGAUGAAGAUGUUGCACGUAUUAGAAAAGAAAAAAAUGGUAUUGAAUGUCGUUAUGUAUUUGAGCCAGAAAGUGAUAAACCAAAAGUACCAAAUCCAAUAACAACAUUUAAUCAAGCAUUUCAUAAUUAUCCAGAUAUAUUAAAUGAAAUAAAAAAAGUUGGUUUUGAAAAACCAAGUCCAAUACAAUCACAAGCAUGGCCAAUAUUAUUAAGUGGUAAAGAUAUGAUUGGUAUUGCACAAACUGGUACUGGUAAAACAUUGGCAUUUUUAUUACCAGCAUUAAUACAUAUUGAUGGACAAAAAACACCACGUGAAGAACGUGUUGGUCCAAGUGUAUUAAUAAUGGCACCAACAAGAGAACUUGCACAACAAAUUAGUAAAGAAGCUAGUAAAUAUAGUUAUCGUGGUAUUAAAGCUGUAACAGUAUUUGGUGGUGGUGAUAGACGUGAACAAAUAACAUCAAUAAAAAAAGGUGUACAAAUUGUUAUUGCAACACCAGGUAGAUUAAAUGAUUUAGUUAUGGCUGGUGAAUUAAAAGUUGAAGAUGUAACAUAUCUUGUACUUGAUGAAGCUGAUAGAAUGUUAGAUAUGGGAUUUGAGCCACAAAUUAGAAAAACAUUACUUGAUGUUAGACCAGAUCGUCAAACAGUUAUGACAAGUGCAACAUGGCCAGCUGGUGUACGUCGUCUUGCACAAUCAUAUAUGCAAGAUCCAAUACAAGUAUGUGUUGGUUCACUUGAUUUAACAGCUGCACAUAGUGUACGUCAAACAAUACUUGUUGUUGAUGAUGAAGAUAAAACAUAUCAUUUACGUGAAUUUUUUAAAACAAUGAAAGAUAAUGAUAAAGUUAUUGUAUUUUUUUGUAAAAAAAGUAGAGUUGAUGAUAUAUCAAGUGAACUUGCACUUGCUGGUGUUAAUUGUCAAAGUAUGCAUGGUGGACGUGAUCAAUCAGACAGAGAACAAGCACUUGAAGAUAUUAGAGAUGGUGAAGUUAAUAUAUUAUUGGCAACUGAUGUUGCUAGUAGAGGAAUUGAUAUUAAUGAUAUAACACAUGUAUUUAAUUAUGAUUUUCCAAAAGACGUUGAGGAAUAUGUACAUCGUGUUGGAAGAACUGGUAGAGCUGGUAAAACGGGUGAAAGUAUUAGUUUAUUUACAAGAGGAAAUUGGUCAGUUGCACGACAACUAUUAGCAAUACUUGAGGAAGCUAGCCAAGAAAUACCAGAGGAGUUGUACAACAUGGCUGAUCGUUAUGAUAGUUGGAGAAAACGUAAAGACGAAGAAAAAGAGCUUGAACGUCUUGAUGGUGGAGGAGGAUUUAGAGGUAGAGGACGUGGUGGUGGUGGACGAGGUCGUGGAGGUGGUGGAGGACGUGGAGGUGGUGGUGGUGGUGGACGUGGAGGUAAUCGUUGGUAAAGCAUUACCAAAAAUUAGUUGAUGCAUCAAAGUACAAAAUACUUACCUCAGCACACAAGGGUGCUAAUUUUUUUUUUUUGUUUUUGUUUUCAACGUGAUAAAAAUAUUAUUAUUUUUAAUAAUUAUAUAAUAAUUACGAUUAAGUAUAAAUAUAUAUGACUUUGUGUAUAUAUUGUAUUAUGAUGCAUUUAUCUUAAUCAAGAGCUAAAAAAAAAAGUCUUGACAUUAUUUUUCGUAUGAAAAUAUUUCAUUUAUCAUUUAUGAUUUUGUUUUUUUUUUUUUUUUGUUUUUUGUCAUUGAUUUAAUUAUAUUAAUGAUGUUAAUUAAUGAAAAAUACUUUAUUUCGUUCUUAGUAAUAAUGAGUUAAUAAAAAAAAAAGGUAAAAAAUUAGAAAAAUUAUUAUACAAUUGUUUGUUUUUAUUUAUUUAAAAUUAAGUGUUUGUAUAUUUGAUA